AUGAAUCAGCCAGUUCACACUAAGCCGAAGCCGUUGAUGACGAGAAGACAAAUUGGGUACAUCUAUCGACUGAAAGAAUACGAACGCCGGUUUGCUCCGAAGUACAUAUACUGGAUAGUCUUCUUUAUUCUUAUAGCUCCUACAACUCUGGGUUCAUUCCUUGCCUACUCGAAAAGCAAGACCAAAUAUGAGGAGCUUGCUAGGAAAAAAAUCUAG